GCGAUUCGACUUCCGGCUGCCGAGCAGAUCGGACGUACUUAUCAUGAGCUCCGUCGGAGCGGUAUCAGCGGCCCUUUCCGGCCGCGGAAGCAGGAACGCUGACUCUGCAUCGCAGGACUACGAAGUGACAAUGCCUACGCUGCCUACUGGCUCGUCUGUCCAGAACACGAUUUUUUUACACGCCGAUGUGCGAGCCCGGCCCUACCGCCUGGAACAUUUCCGAGACGCCUUGGCCCGUGCGGCACUUCUCCCUGAAGUGCUCGCCUUGGGGGCGUACCAGUACAACCACGUGUGGGCUGUUACCUUCAGGAGCGCCGAGGGCAAGAAGAAGUUGCUCGCAACCGACGGCUUCACAGUCAAGGAAGGCCGCUGUGUCGUGGUGGACCCGAAUAACCAGGACACGCGACUCAAGCUCCACUGGCUGCUGCACCACGUCCAAGAUGAAGAAGUGCGUGUGGCCCUGGCGCCCUUUGGGAAGGUGACGGGGAUCACAAGAGACAAGUGGCACGUGCCAGGCUGUAUGGACAUGGAGUCGACGACACGCUCGGUGACCCUCAAGCUGGCAGCCGGCGUCACGGUGGAGGACAUCCCUCACCAGCUGCGCAUCGCUGGCGACCUGGUGUUGGUGGUGGUGCCGGGCAGGGCGCCGCUUUGCCUUCGGUGUAAGGGCAAGGGCCAUAUACGCCGGGAGUGCAGAGUGCCACGCUGUGAGUCCUGCAGGCGUUUCGGCCACAGUGAGAGCCAAUGCGUCCGCACUUACGCGAGCGUCGCAGGGCCCGUGAGGAGCGACGAUAUUUCGGAGCACCUCAUGGACGUGGCUGACGCCGAGGAAGCUGCCAGCGGAGGAGCGAGUCAGCUACCCGAGCAGGCACCAGCACCCCUUGGCCCUUUGGGGAGCAGUGACGAAAGCCGAAGCGACGGUGACCGCGGUAGGCUACCUGCGGGGACGUCGGCGGGCGGUGCACCAAGUGUGGAAAACGUCGGCUUGGCGAAGUCUUCAGCUAUCGAGACGCCGCAUACUGACAAGGUUGAACCUAAGGACGUCGAGACAGAGGUCCCCACGGCCCCGGUCCCCAAGCGGGCCCGUGAACUUAGUGAAAAAGUCAGCCAGAACUCCGGAGCGGCUGCCCCCGAUGAGCCGCCCCCGAAGGCGCCUCUGACGCGGCGGUCAAGCCUGAGACCCAAGCCCAACAUACCACCGGACCGAAGUCCGAUGGUGACGCCGCCCACGCAGUAGUGAGGCCUCGCGCUCUGCAAGGCACUCGGAACUCUAGAGGGACGUAAACACGACGUGGCCGAGACGGAGACCUCCUGCAGCGCCUUGGACUUUUCGGCUGGCGAAAAUGGCCGGCCAGCGCUUCGGGACAGUGAGUCGUUAGGCGUCUCUCAAAGAGCCGAGGUGAGCACCAAGCAGCUCCGUUCUACUCGCUCAGAAAGGGCAGGUAAUCUCGAUACAGCCCUACGUGUCGCCACGCUGAAUGUACGGGGCCUGGCGGCCAGGCGCAGGCAGUACCAACUUAGCCGCCUUUUUCUGGAUAACGACCUUGACGUAGUGGCUGUGCAAGAGACGAAAGCAGAGAGCGAAGAGCAAACGAGCCGUAUGCUUCAGCCUUUCAGCGCUCGCUAUAAUGUAUGUGUAUGCCACUCCGUUGGUAGAUCUGGCGGUUGUGCUUUAUUUUUGCGCAAUUCCGUAGGAAUUGUGGUAGAGUCUGUUGUUGUUUGUACUAAUGGGCGUUUGAUUGUAUGCGAUUUUUCCUUUUCCGGUAAGCAAUGGCGUAUAAUAUGUGUCUACGUGCCAAAUCAGCAAAGUGAACGUGGUAUUUUUUUUGAACAAGUGGCCUCCUAUCUUAACUCUGAUAAACUUAUUAUCUUCCUGGGGGAUUUUAACUGUGUGUGCGUUCCAGAAGAUAGAGUACAGCAGUUGCCGAUACGUGAUCAGAGCGCGAUGUUAUUGAAUACCUUAGUGCAAGAAUGUAACUUAGAGGACGUUGGGUGGGUUCUGUCGAAAAGUAAUGUACCCCAGUUCACGCAUCACCAACGCGCAAGCCACGCCAGGCUUGAUAGGGCUUAUAUAUCAGCAGAACUUGUCCCACUCUGCCAGAACUAUGACGUUAAACAUGUAUCUUUCAGUGAUCACAGCUUGGUAAUGUUCACGCUAGGAACUAAAAAAAAUACAAAGGCCUUUAACUGGGAUUUAUGGAAAUUUAAUGAUAAGCUUUUGAAAGAUGAGGCCUUCAUGAGCGGAGUGAAGGAAAGCACACAAAAGCUGCUGGAGGCUGAGACUGGAAGCUUUAGAACAUUGUGGGAGCUAUUUAAGGAAGAAGUAAAAAUUAAUGCGAUAGAACGGGCGAGUUUUUUGAAAAGGCAAGAAAGGGCAAAAGAAAAAGAACUGCAAUGUCAGCUCCAGUUUCUGCUAUGUAUGGAGAGCGCUCAACCGGGACAGUUUACGAAAGAAAUUAGCGAAGUCAAGAGCAAACUAGAGCUUAUCGAUGCAGAUAACUACCGAGGAGCUGUGAUAAGAGCUCGAGCCGAACGAUUGUGGGCGGGAGAAACACCGACUAAGCGCUCACUGAGUGAUGAAAAAAAAUAUGCAAUACAAAACGAAAUAAAAGAGAUACAAUACGGCAGCGAAAUCACCCGUGAUAAAAAGAUUAUUAAACGUGCUUUCUUUGAAUAUUAUCGAGAUCUUUUAGGGCACAAAAUAAGUGUUGAAGGUGGUUUUGAAAAAGAGUUUUUACCGUUAAUGCCACAAUUAAAUGAAGAGGUUAAGACAGCCCUCGAAGUGCCGAUAAGUGUGCUAGAAAUAAAAAGAGCUAUUGAUGAUCUAAACACAGGAAAGUCUCCCGGACCCGAUGGCUUGGGAGCAGCUUUUUACAAGGCUUUUAAAGAACCUAUGACUGAGGCUCUACACCGUGUGCUACUAGAAGCGUACGAGGUAAAAGAAAUGCCACCAUCUUUCCGGAGAACCCAUACCAUUUUGAUUCCCAAAAGUGAAGACCCUGUAAAACAAUUAUCGGUUAAGUCAUAUCGCCCAAUAAGCCUUACCAAUGUAGAUUAUAAGAUUUUUAUGAAAAUUUUGGCGAGAAGAAUGCAAACUAUAAUAACAUCCAUUGUUGGGCCUCACCAAACCUGUGGCAUUAAAGGGCGCACAAUCUUUACAAAUAUUCACGUGGCCAGAAGUAUUUUAGAGUGCUGUGACGCUUUCGGCGGUAGAGUGGCCAUGCUGCAACUGGAUUUAGAAAAGGCCUUUGAUAGGGUAGCGCACGAUAUACUUUUUUCGAUAUUGGAACACGUGAAUGUAGGUUCAGUUAUUUUAGAUGGUGUAAAAAUGUCCUAUGAAAAGUGCUUUACAAGCCUAAUCGUCAAUAAGGAAGUGAGUGAAAAAUUGGAAGUUCGCUCCUCGGUCCGACAGGGAUGCCCUUUAUCUCCUCUGUUGUUCGCCAUUUAUCUCGAGCCUUUUUGUUUAAAGAUCCUUCAUAGUCAAAGGAUACGUGGUUUUAGGCUGGUUUCAAGUGAAGUCAAGCUCCUUUCUUACGCAGACGAUAUAGCUGUGUUUUGUAAGGAUACAGAAAGUGUUAGUGAGGUUGUGAAAGAAACUGCCUUGUUUUGUAAGAUGGCAGGUAGUGCCAUAAAUUGGAAAAAAUGCGUUGGAUUUUGGCACGGUUGUUGGGAAUCCACGCCAGCUAUUUUUGAAAACAUUCACUUUACUGUUUUGCCGCCCAAGUACCUUGGCGUGCCACUAGAACAUUAUCGUGACACCGGAGACUAUUGGAGGGAGCAGACGGAGCAAGUACGGGCAAAAACAGCAAAGUGGGGUGGUAAAGAUCUUUCAAUGUUUGCGCGGUCAUUAGUUUGCAACUUGUUUAUUGUGGCAAAAGUAUGGUAUGUGCUACAAGUGCUGUCGAUGUCGAGAGUGAAUGUUCAGAGGUUACAUAGGGUGUUUGCGGUUUUCGUAUGGGGUUCGGGUUGGGAGCGAAGCAGUCGUACUAAUUUGUUUCGUUCUGCGCGAAAUGGUGGGAUUGGGCUUGUUCAUUUGUUCCUUCGGCAGGUGGUUUCUCGUUUUAUUUUUCUUCGGGAUCAAAAAGAUGAUUUCUUGCGAACUGUUCUGCAGGUCAGGCUGUGUGAUGCAUUACCCGAGUUUGUUGUAUCUACUAGUACCUUUCAACGUGUGGGACUACGUGGUUUUUUGUAUGAAGUGGUCAGAGCCUUUCAGUUUUUAAAAGUACGGUUUUCAUUGGAGUAUUUAAGUGUUGUCGAUCGGAAGCGCUUAUAUAAAGAUCUGGUUGACACUGUGCUGCCAAUACCUUUGUACCGCUCCUUAUAUUGUGAAGGCCCAGGAAAAGAUGUUUUAAAAAGGGUUAAAAGAAUGCCGGUUAGGCCAACUGUGAAGACCUUCUUUUUCCAGCUACACAGUGGCACCCUCCCUGUUAAGCCCUGGCUGCAGGAAAAAGGCCUUUUUGUGCCAUGGUCUAUUAACUGUCUCUUAUGUCGAAAACCCGAAACUGUAGAACAUAUUUUCCUGGACUGUUGGGAUGCUGUUUUUUUGUGGGACAUUCUGCAACGUACCCUGAAGAAGGACCUACCAUUAACAAAUUAUGGUAUUCGAUUCCUAUCUGUCGACAACGAAGGGGGUGUGCCUUACGACAUGUUUAUGCUGUUGGGCCUCCACAGCCUAUGGAGGACUAGGAUGGCUGUACGAAAUGCUGAUGUUAACCCCCGUCAAGCAAGGGAAUAUUUAAUUGAGA